AUGCCUUCGUCUUCAAGUCGGCCAACGAGCCGCCCCGGCAAGAGAGACGGCGAUAUCGAUAAGCUAGAAUAUCAUCCUGGAGGAAGGCUACUCUUACAAGAGGAUGAGAAUGGCGAGAGUAGUGGCCGACAGAGCGAGGACAGGAGCUAUGCCGGCAGCUUCUUCGAAGACGUGGCAGAAGGCAUCGCGGAUAACGACAGGCAGACGGUAAAGAGAGAGGCAGUGCGAUACCUAAGCUUCAUAUGGGCGCUCAUAAAUACACUGGGAGCGGGCUCCAUCACGGCAUACUCACUGUAUGCGCCGCUGUUCCAGCGCAGGCUGCACUACAGCCAGCUUCAGGUUAAUGGAGUGUCUAUUGCUGCCGAACUGGCGAUGUACCUGCCAGUACCGAUAUGGGGCAUGCUGUCAGACAGAUAUGGACCUGGCCCUCCCUCUCUACUCUCUGGCGUACUCUUCGGCCUGGGCUACCUCCUCGCUGCAUUCACCUACAAGAGCGGGCCUCCUCAGUCACUAGGCGGCGAAGGUUGGCCGUACUGGGUUAUGAUUGUGGCAUUCGUCUUCAUUGGCAGCGGAACAUCAUGUAUGUACUUGUCUGCAGUUACGACCUGCGCCAAGAACUUCGGGCGUGGGAAGUACAAAGGCAUCGCGUUGGCAUUGCCCAUUGCUUGCUUUGGGUUGAGUGGCAUGUGGCAGUCGCAGGUAGGCAGCCAGCUUCUCUACGAACCUAGAGCAGAUGGAAGUAAGGGAGACGUGGACGUGCAUCGCUUUUUCCUCUUCCUGGGAUGCUUCCUGCUUGGCACUGGCAUCAUCGGGUUCUUCACGCUCCAGAUCGUCAACGAAGAGGAGUUGAUCGAGGACGCCAUCGAGGAGCUUGAGCAGAGCGGAUUGCUAGAAGAGAGUGAUUUCUUUCAUCACGCUAUUCGGGAGCGACAGGAGCAGACUGGCUACGGCACCCUUUCUGACGACGACUAUGAUGAGAUUCGGCGCAAAGCAGAUGAGCAGAAAGCUCGCCGCGACGAAGAACGACGGAUGAAAGAGUGGCUCCUGAACGCAGAAACUCGCCGCUUUCUUGCCGACAAGACAAUGUGGUUUCUGGCGGCCGGCUUCUUCCUAGUGACUGGUCCUGGCGAAGCCUUCAUCAACAAUCUAGGGACUAUCAUUGAUACGCUCUACCCACCAAUGUCCAUCCCUGAAGGCGGCAACCCUACGAAUGCGGCCACUCACGUCUCCAUCGUGGCUAUUACGAGCACCAUAGCACGAGUCGUAACGGGCACGCUGACCGACAUAGUCGCACCUUCCUCUGUCACGCAUCAGCACCGGCGCGGACCAAAUUCUAUGGCCAACAGUAUGGCAUCUCUGCAACCUGAGCAUUCUAAAGGCCGUCUAGAGAUCUCACGGGUGACCUUCCUCAUUGUGUUCUGCAUUCUGAUGUCCGUUGGACAAAUCUUCCUCGCAUCUGGCUUCAUUCAAGGGCAUGGAGAACGCUUCUGGCUUGUAUCGGCAUUCAUCGGCGCGGGUUACGGAGCGGCUUUCAGCUUGACGCCCAUCAUUGUCAGCGUUAUCUGGGGGGUUGAGAAUUUCGGAACAAACUGGGGCAUUUGCGCAAUGGUACCCGCUCUCGGCGCAACAGUCUGGGGACUGAUAUACUCGGGCGUGUACCAAGGAGCAGCAGAUGCAGACGACUCGAUGAGAGGUACAGAUGUAGUCGAGGACAGACUCUGCUAUGGGACGAGCUGCUACGCUCCUACUUUCUGGGCGAUGGCCGUGUGCGUCUGGGCAGCCUGCGGAAUCUGGCUCUAUGCCUGGCGCGGUCCAGGCGGUUGGAUGAGAAGGGGCAUCGCGGUAUGA